GGCCCAGCAUAAAUCCCCUGGGCUGAGCGGGCCCCGCCAGUGCGCUGCGCCCCGGCCAUGGAGUGGGCCGCGCUGCUCCUGCUCCCGCUGGCGCUCUGCGCGCUGCUCUACCUGCUGGGCCGCUGGCUGCUCGGCCUGGAUGGCGACCUCACCCUGCUGUGGGCGGAGUGGCGGGGCAAGAGGCCAGAAAAUGAACUGCCUGACAAGGUCGUCUGGGUGACAGGAGCCUCAAGUGGAAUUGGAGAAGAGUUAGCUUACCAGCUAGCAAAGAUAGGGGCUCUAAUUGUGCUUUCCGCAAGAAGAGAGAAUGAAUUGGAAAGGGUGAAACAGAAGUGUCUCGAGAUCUCCAACUUGAGCAGUAAAGAUAUCCUUGUUUUGCCCCUUGAUCUGACUGAUAGAAGCUCCCAUGAAGCUGCAACUAAAACCGUGCUUCAGCAUUUUGGCAGAAUUGACAUUUUGGUGAACAAUGGUGGACGUUCCCAGCGCUCCCUGUUUGUGGAUACGAAGGUGGAAGUCUAUGCUGCCAUAAUGGAACUUAAUUACCUGGGGACUGUCUCCUUAACUAAACAUGUCCUGAGUCACAUGGUCCAAAGGGAGAAAGGGAAGAUCGUAACUAUGAGCAGUGUAAUGGGCAUCAUGGGAGCCCCCCUUGCCACGGGAUAUUGUGCCAGCAAGCAUGCCCUCCAGGGUUUCUUUAAUUCUCUUCGCCCUGAACUUGGUGACUACCCGGAGAUAAUCAUUACCACCAUCUGUCCAGGACCUGUCCAAUCCAAAAUUAUACACAAUGUCUUUACAGAAGACCUCUCAAAGUCACUAGAAAACACCGGUGAUCAGUCCCACAAAAUGCCAACUGAUCGCUGCGUUCGGCUUACAUUGGUCAGCACGGUAAAUGAUCUGAAAGAAGCCUGGAUCAGCGAUCACCCAUAUCUAGCAGUCUGCUACCUUUGGCAAUAUGCACCCACCUGGGCAUGGUGGCUUAUGAACAAGAUGGGCAAAAUAAGAAUAAAAAACUUCAAGAGUGGAGUGGAUGCUGAUGUCUCCUACUCUCAAAAGAAGAAAGCUUGAAGAGAAACCUGCACAGAACCCCACUAAACCAAAGCAGUAGCUGUAGCUGGGGGAGUUCUUUCCUCUAUUAAUCUUUGCAAGUUAAGGCCUUUAUAUUUUUAAUUAUUCCUUACAUUUUUGCUAUCAUGUAACCUGACAAAUGCAACUUAAUGUGACUGUAAGAACAUUUCUUGAAUAAAAGCAUGUCUGUAAACAUA